CUGUGAAGUGUAGUUACCUCACAUUAGGUCCUUAUCGUAGGACAUUUAACAGUUUUUUCAGGAAGUAGUAGUAAAAGAUUUAAGAUGUCGGACGAAUUCACCCUAAAAUGUCUGGAUCUACUAUUCGACCGUCCCUGCGAGCCGCUCAUCACCCCAAAGGGCGAAAAUAAUGCUGUCUUUCAAUUAACUGAACAGUUUAUCCCAGCACGUUACAAGAACAACGGCUUAGAACUCAACAACCGCUACUGUGACAAUGCUUCCGAGAAGAUCCCACUGAAGAACUUGAGCAAGGUGCCAACAUUUUCCAUUGCGUCGCAGCUAGCCCUCGAUGAAGACUUCUCUCUCUUUUUACCGAAACACCAGGAGAUGGUUACGGAGGUCAUGAAUGUACUUAUGAGUGUGCCUGAGAAUCAGCCAAGUGACUUCCUUUCCACCUGUGCCUUCUGCAGGGUGCAUCUAAACCCGCAGCUUUUCAACUAUUGUCUCUCUGCCGCUUUGUUGCAUAGACCAGAUACGCGCAAUGUGCCGAUUCCCAAUCUCGCAGAGACGUUUCCAUUCAAAUUCAUGGACUCAGGGGUGUUCGCGCUGGCUCGCGAAACCUCACGAGUCUUGAACAGCGACGAGGUAAUGUAUAUUUUUGUUUAA